UACUGAGAGAGAGACUCGUCGCUAAUUUACGCGGGUUUCUCGGGGCCGGCAGAUUUCGUACGCCGUCGUCGAUCUCCUUCAAUUUCUAAAUUGGGUAUCCUUGUUUCGGCGUUCUCAAACCACAAUCCGUCUGAAAUUUCAAGAAAGUUCCAACAUUUCCCCCUGAAAUUUUAGGGUUAGGGUUUUGAAAUGGGGACGAAAGUUUCAGACGAUGUGGUUUCCACAGUCAGAUCAGUCGUGGGUUCCGAUUACUCGGAUAUGGACAUAAGACGGGCUUUACACAUGGCGAAUCAUGAUCCAACGGCAGCCAUCAAUAUCAUCUUCGACACUCCAAGUUUCAGCAAACCACCUGAUGUUGUUGUAGCCGCCACUCCUAGCCCAAGCGGCGGCUCCUCUAAUGGAGGGAAGAAGGUCUACAAUGGAAUAAAGGGCUGUGCUUUCGCAAGUGUUGGAGCGAAUCAUCGCGUGGAGGAAGAAGAUGAGAGUGUUGAUGGUGGUGAAGAGAGUGUUUCAGGGAAUGAGUGGUGGUUUGUGGGUUGUUCUGAAUUGGCGGGGUUGUCGACAUGUAAAGGAAGGAAAUUGAAGUCCGGUGACGAAUUGGUGUUCACGUUUCCGCAUAGUAAAGGAUUAAAGUCUGAGACUACGCCUGGGAAGCGCGGCUCUGGACGGGGAAGGCCAGCUUUGCGUGGUAGUGCUUCUGAUAUCGUCAGGUUCUCUACAAAGGAUUCAGGAGAGAUUGGUAGAAUACCAAAUGAGUGGGCACGGUGUCUUCUACCGCUUGUGAGAGACAAGAAAAUUAGGAUAGAAGGGAGCUGCAAGUUGGCGCCUGAAACAUUGAGUAUCAUGGACACAAUUCUUCUUUUUGUAAGCGUGUACAUUAAUAGUUCCAUGUUUCAAAAGCAUAGUGCAACAUCAUUUAAGGCAGCCAGUAAUACGGCAGAGGAGUCAAUGUUCCAUCCUCUCCCAAAUCUCUUUCGGUUACUCGGUUUGAUCCCCUUUAAGAAGGCUGAGUUUACUCCUGAGGACUUGUCCACUAGGAAGCGACCUUUGAGUUCCAAGGAUGGUUCUGCUGUUUCAGCUCCGUUGCUUCAGUUAAACAAGGUCAAGACUCUGAAUCAAGAUGAAAACAGAAAUGAAAAUGAGCAGUGCAUCAGUGAUGGUGAUCUUGAUAAUAUUGUUGGUGUUGGUGACAGUUCUGGAUUAAAGGAAAUGGAAACUCCACAUAAACUUCUGUGUGAGCUUCGUCCAUAUCAAAAGCAGGCACUUCAUUGGAUGACCCAAUUGGAGAAAGGAAAUUGCACUGAUGAGGCAGCAACAAUGCUUCACCCAUGUUGGGAAGCGUACUAUUUAGCAGACAAGAGGGAACUUGUUGUCUACCUGAAUUCUUUUACUGGUGAUGCUACAAUACACUUUCCUAGCACCCUUCAAAUGGCAAGAGGAGGAAUUUUAGCAGACGCAAUGGGUCUCGGAAAGACCGUAAUGACCAUAUCCCUUAUGCUUUCCCAUCCUUGGAAAGCUGAAGGAGAGAAAGUGACCAGCAGUUCUUUAGAUGAGUUCACUAGUCUACCAAAGGCAACCAAAUUUCCAGGCUUUGAUAAGAAGAUUCUUGAACAGAAAAGUGUACUUGAAAAUGGUGGUAACCUGAUUGUAUGUCCGAUGACACUUUUAGGACAGUGGAAGUCAGAGAUUGAAAUGCAUACAAAGCCGGGGUCUCUAUCUGUCUAUGUUCAUUAUGGGCAAAGCAGGCCAAAGGAUACAAAACUUCUUUCCCAGAGUGAUGUGGUAAUCACCACAUAUGGAGUUCUUACAUCCGAAUUUUCGGCAGAGAACUCAGCAGACAAUGAAGGACUUUAUGCUGUUCGAUGGUUUAGGAUUGUUCUUGAUGAGGCACAUACCAUCAAAAACUCAAAAAGCCAAAUUUCCUUGGCUUCUGCAGCUCUGGUUGCUGAUCGGCGUUGGUGUCUUACGGGUACUCCUAUUCAGAACAAUCUGGAGGAUUUGUACAGCCUUCUACGGUUUUUGAGGAUUGAGCCAUGGGGAACUUGGGCAUCCCAUCAUGCUUAGGAGAACCAAGUCUAGCACAGAUCGAGAAGGAAGGCCGAUUCUUGUUCUACCCCCUGCUGAUGCACGGGUCAUUUACUGUGAACUCUCGGAGUCUGAGAGGGAUUUCUACGAGGCGCUAUUUAAAAGAUCCAAGGUCAAAUUUGAUCAAUUCGUUGCACAAGGCAAAGUUCUUCAUAAUUAUGCUUCCAUCCUGGAACUGCUUUUGCGUCUUCGACAGUGUUGUGAUCACCCAUUUUUAGUGAUGAGUCGAGGUGAUACAGCGGAAUACUCUGAUCUGAAUAAGCUCUCUAAACGUUUCCUUAGUGGAAAGUCUUCUGGUCUAGAAAGGGAUGGAAAAGAUGUACCAUCAGUGGCUUUUGUUCAGGAGGUGGUAGAGGAACUGCGCAAAGGAGAACAAGGAGAGUGUCCAAUAUGCCUUGAAGCAUGUGAGGAUGCCGUAUUAACACCAUGUGCUCAUAGAUUAUGUCGUGAGUGUCUUUUGGCAAGUUGGCGAAAUUCUGCUUCUGGGUUAUGUCCUGUGUGUAGGAAAACUGUAAGCAAACAAGAACUCAUCACAGCACCAACCGAGAGUAGAUUCCAGGUUGACGUGGAAAAGAACUGGGUAGAAUCAUCCAAAAUCACUGCUCUUCUGGAAGAGCUUGAAAGUCUUCGUUCUUCAGGCUCUAAGAGCAUUCUCUUUAGCCAAUGGACCGCUUUCCUCGAUCUCCUCCAAAUUCCCCUCUCUCGGAACAACAUUUCAUUUGUCCGUCUUGAUGGCACUCUAAAUCAGCAGCAACGAGAGAAAGUCCUUAAAGAAUUUUCCGAGGAUGCCAGUAUAAUGGUAAUGUUGAUGUCUCUAAAAGCUGGUGGUGUCGGGAUAAAUCUAACAGCUGCGUCCAAUGCUUUUGUCAUGGAUCCAUGGUGGAACCCAGCGGUUGAGGAACAGGCUGUCAUGCGUAUCCAUCGUAUAGGACAGACUAAGGAAGUCAAAAUCAGAAGAUUCAUCAUUAAGGGAACAGUUGAAGAGAGAAUGGAGGCGGUUCAGGCGAGGAAGCAGAGAAUGAUCUCUGGGGCUUUAACGGAUCAAGAAGUACGAAGUGCGCGUAUAGAGGAACUCAAGAUGUUAUUUACCUGAAACUAUACAAAACUGUUCUCUAUCAUACAAGGGGUUCUACAUAUGUGAAACUUGUCACAUUCUAAUGCAAAGAGAAUCAGAGAUUAUAACGUAUCUGAAAGCGUGUUUUGUCCUUUUCAUGAGAUAUGAUGAACAAUUGUCACAGUUUUGGGGAAUGUGCAGUGACGGUUCCCAAGUGUAUCAUAAAACCUAUCUGAGUUUUGUUGUUUUGUAUUAUAGAAAGCUCCCUUUGUAAUUGGAAUUCAGAUUAUUUUUUGUA